AUGGGGAUUGAGUGUACAUCUUUUCACAAAAUUGCACAAAAAGCAUAUGAUGAUUUGUUAAAUGACGCACAAGAUAUACGAAAUGUGUUUGAGAAGUUUACAGAGGAAGAUCUUAAGAAUAAUAGACUUAGAUUGAUGGCUACUAUUUUUUCAGUUCGUUGGUGUGCCUUUCAAGUAGUUCCAUUUAGAGGUCAUGAUGAAAGCUCAGAUUCCAUCAACAAAGGAAAUUUUCGUGAAAUGUUAAAGGCGAUUGGCUUUUAUAACAACGAGAUGAAAGAACUGUUUCGGACUGCUCCUAAAUAUGCAUUAUAUACAUCACCUUCAAUUCAAAAAGAGAUUCUAAACCUUAUCUCAACUAGGGUGAAACAGAUGAUUUGUAAGGAGAUUGAUGGUGGAAAAUUUUGUUUACUUGUUGAUGAAGCACGUGAUGAGUCUAACAAAGAACAAAUGUCAAUUGUUUUGAGAUAUUUAGCAUUAGUGGCUGCUUCACAAGGAGUUGUUGCAGUUCAAAAUGCUUCCUCCAAGUGUACAGAUCAACUAAGAGAUGCACAAGCCGAGCAAAUUGCAUAUAUGAUUUCUAUUGAUGAGUUAGAGAUAGGUAGAGGUAUCAAUCAGAUUGGUACAUUACAACGAGUCGGAGAUACCAGAUGGAGUUCUCACCUCAAAUCAGUUUCGAGUUUAAUCAAGAUGUUUAGUCCUACUUGCGAGGUUUUACUUAAAAUUAUUGAGGAGGGCAAUGGUUCGAUCACAUGGGAUGCAGAUUCAGCAUAUGAGAUUAUUACUACAUUUGAGUUUGUUUUUGUUUUGCAUCUUGUGAAGGAAAUAAUGGAGAUAACUGAUUUACUUUGUCAAGCUUUACAAAGACAAUCUCAAGAUGUUUGCAAUGCAUUAAAGCUAGUUGCAUCUACCAAAGAACUUUUGCAAAAAAUAGGGGCUCGAGCUCGUAAGGAGCAUAGCGAUCAUACACUUGAACAUCAUUACCGAGUGGAUAUCUUUUACGAAGCCAUUAAUUGUCAAUUAAUGGAAUUGAAUCACCGGUUUAAUGAUAGCUCAAUGGAGUUGCUUCAACUUUCUGCAACUUUAAAUCCUAAAAGUGUUAAUGAGCCUUUUCGAAGUGGUGAUGUAUGCCGGUUAGUGGGAAAGUUUUAUCCUGGAGAUUUUAGUGAACAAGAGAAAUUACUUUUGAAGUUGCAACUUCAACACUAUGAGAUUGAUGUUGUUAAACACGUAAAUUAUAAACUAUUGACAUCUAUUUCAGAGUUGUGUCAAUGGUUGAUAAAGACCGGAAGAGUGGCUAAUUUUAAUCUUAUUUAUCGAGUAGCUAGUCUCAUACUUACUCUUCCGGUUUCCACUACUACAACAGAAAGAUCAUUUUCAGCAAUGAACCUUAUUAAAACAAGGUUACGUAAUAAGAUGGAAGAUGAGUUUUUGAACGACUCAUUGAUUUUGUACUUUGAAAGGGAACUUGCCGAAACGAUUAAUCUAGAAACAAUUGCAAGAUUUCAAAAAUGCAAAAGAUCGACGAGUUCCACUUUGAAGUGGGAUGUAACAAUAUUUAUUAUUAGUUUUCUUGUUUCAAAUUUUGAUAUGUCAUAA